GUAUUCUACCUUUCUUUUUUUAAUCAAGACCUUUAAAAAAAAGAGAAACCGUAAAUCAAACAUGAGUGGAAGUAUCUCUGCAUCAAAAGCUAAGCGUCUUGCAGCUAGAGCUGCUAAGAAAGGAGCCAAGUCUGGAAAGAACACUCCCAUGACAUCAGAGAACAACUCAUCUGAAGAUUUAGGAAUGGAAAAUCUCAAGAUCAGUACUGAUCGUACUGCUACUGGUGUUUAUACUUCUCAAGAAAGAAGUAGAGAUAUUAAGAUUGACUCUUAUUCUCUUAACUUCCACGGUCGUGUUUUGAUUGAUAACGCUUCUAUCGAACUUAACUUUGGUAGACGUUAUGGUCUUAUUGGUUCUAAUGGUUCUGGUAAAACCACCUUUUUGCAAUCUCUUGCUUCUCGUGAUAUCGAAAUUCCUGAUCAUAUCGAUAUUUAUCUUUUAAAUCAAGAAGCUGAACCUUCUGAGAUGAAUGCUGUUGAAGCUGUUAUUGAUUCUGCUCAAAAGGAAGUUGCUCGUCUUGAAAAGCAAGUUGAGGAUAUUCUUGGUGAAGAAGAUGGUGGUGAUAACCCAUUGUUGGACGAUAUUUAUGAACGUAUCGAAUCUUUGGACCCCGCUACUUUUGAAACCAGAGCUUGUACUCUUUUGGCUGGUUUGGGUUUUGAUACACAACAAAUGAAAAAGAUGACUAAGGAUAUGUCUGGUGGUUGGAGAAUGCGUGUUGCUCUUGCUCGUGCACUUUUCAUUAAGCCUACCUUAUUACUUUUGGAUGAACCUACUAAUCACUUGGAUUUGGAAGCUACUGUUUGGCUUGAAGAAUAUUUGAAGACUUACGAUCGUAUUCUCGUUAUCGUUUCUCACUCUCAAGAUUUCUUGAAUGGUGUCUGUACUAAUAUGAUGCACUUGACACAUAAACGUAAGCUUGUUUACUAUGGUGGUAACUAUGAUAUGUUUGUUAAGACGAAAGAAGAAAAUGAAGUCAACCAAGCUAAAGCUUAUGCUAAGCAACAAGAAGAAAUUGCUCACAUUAAGAAGUUUAUUGCUUCUGCUGGUACUUACGCUAACUUGGUAAGACAAGCCAAGUCUAAGCAAAAGAUUAUUGAUAAGAUGGAGGCUCAAGGUUUGAUUGAAAAGGUUGAGAACCCAUUGCCUUUCAAGUUCUCCUUCACUGAUGUUCCUAAGCUCCCUCCUCCUGUCCUUGCUUUCCAAGAUGUUUCUUUUGCUUAUGAUGGUAACAUGGAUCAUUGUCUUUAUAGAAACCUUGAAUUGGGUGUUGAUAUGGAUUCUCGUGUUGCCCUUGUCGGUCCUAAUGGUGCUGGUAAAUCCACUUUACUUAAAUUAAUGAAUAAUGAGCUCGUUCCUACUGGUGGUCGUGUUCAGAAACACACUGCCUUGAAACUCGGUAAAUACUCUCAACACUCUGCUGAUCAACUCGAUAUGGAUCUUUCUCCUAUUGAUUACAUGCGUAAAAAGUUCCCUGAAGAAGGUUCUGAUAUUGAAUACUGGCGUCGUCAAAUUGGUCGUUAUGGUUUGACUGGUUCUCAUCAAACUUCACCCAUCAAGACACUUUCUGAUGGUCUUAAAUCACGUCUUGUAUUUGCUGAAUUAGCUGUUCUUCGUCCUCAUAUUAUUUUGUUGGAUGAACCUACUAAUCACUUGGAUAUGGAAUCUAUCGACUCCCUUGCUGAUGCCAUUAAUCGUUUCUCUGGUGGUGUUGUCCUUGUUUCUCACGAUUUCCGUUUGAUUUCUCAAGUAGCCAAACAAAUCUGGCGUUGUGAAAAUGGUCAAGUCACACCUUUCGAAGGUUCUAUCUCUGCCUAUAAGGAAUCUCUCAGAAAGAAUGUCAAAUUGUAAAUUUAUUUUCCUUAUUAUUCCAAAAUUAUACUUCUACAGCAAACUUUUAUUAUUUCAUGUAUAAUGUCCUUUCUUUUGCUAUAACCUAACUCUAUAUUGAACAUCCUCCUUCCUUUUAUAUAUAUAUAAUUAAAGACUUACAACACAUUUUAUAGAUUUUUUUUAUAUAUAAUUUGUCCCCUAUACUAUAGACAAUAAUACAUGUUAUUUCUAGUUUUUUUUUU